ACGGAAAGCCAAGAGGUCCCUCGGCUGAACUGGAAGGGCGGGCGGAGGGCGCGAGACAGCGAAGGCGUUUGGCUUGCUUCCUCCCUCGGUCCCUUUAAGAGGCCCUGAGCAGUUUAAUCCGUUAAGCGAGCUAGGCGGUGGGGUGGCAGGUGCGAGAGAGAGAGAGAGAGAGACACAGACAGACAGACAGACAGAAGAGGGCGGGGCUCCCGAUGCGUUCUUCCGGCGUGGGCAAUUUCUCGGUCCCACCCCUUUCGCGAGAUAGAUACGCUUCCGGUUUAGAGCCAGUCGCGUGGGGGGCGGGGAGGGGACCGCUUUGACUGGGCGACGCCGCGGCGGCCGUUUCGCGCGCGAGAACUUCGAAAGCGCCGUUGCCAUGGCAGUGCGCUACCGGAACACCGCGGUCCAUUACGGCCGCGCGGGGCCCCCCGGCACUCCGUGGCCGCCGGAGCGAGGGGAGGUAGCGCGGAACCUCCAGGCGGAGCUUGAGGAGGAGGAGGAAGGCGGCGGCAAAGGAGAGCUGCUGGGCGGCCUCGGGAGAAGCCCCGUGUCCCGGGCUACCCUGGCCCCGCUGCCGGACGGGGCGGCUCGCCGGUGGCCGAGCAGGGCCUUCUCCGUGCUGUGCUGCCUCCUGGCCGUGUCCUUGCUGGCUUUCCUGCUGGCCAUCGCUUGCCUGGUACUGAGAGGUGAGGAAAGGGCGAGGAGAAGCGGCAGGAGACGCCUCAGUGCAUGGGAUACCGCUUGCUAGGCCUAGCGCCUUCCCAGCAGCCAUAGAAUCGUAGGGAAGGGACCGUGAGGGUAAUCUAGCCCAACCCCAACCCUGCAAUGCAGGAAUUUCAAGGAAGGCAUCCAUAGUGAUCCGUAAAGGUAAAGGGACCCCUGACCGUUAGGUCCAGUUGUGACCGACUGUGGGGUUGCGGUGCUCAUCUCGCUUUAUUGGCCGAGGGAGUCGGCGUACAGCUUCCGGAUCAUGUGGCCAGCAUGACUAAGCUGCUUCUGGCGAACCAGAGCAGCGCACGGAAACGCCGUUUACCUUCCUGCUGGAGCGGUACCUAUUUAUCUACUUGCACUUUGACGUGCUUUUGAACUGCUAGGUUGGCGGGAGCAGGGACCGAGCAACGGGAGCUCACCCCGUCGCGGGGAUUCAAACCUCCUACCUUCUGAUCGGCAAGUCCUAGGCUCUGUGGUUUAAGCCACAGUGCCACCCGCAUACUUCUGCUUAAAAACCUGUGGCACACUUUAACAGGCAUUUGAAUUCUAACUGAUUUUUUUAAUGCAAUAAAAUGAUUGUCUAGUCGUGCGGCAGAAGAAAAAAUGCUUGGGUGUGCCACUUGCUAGAGAACAAUUUCUACCCAGAAUUGCUUUGCCUUACAACUUUAAUUGUUUGCUGUUUCUGCCAACAGAUUUGCGAUCUGAAAAAGGGAAGACCGAUGAGAAUAUAGAAACAAGCAUUUUAGGUAAGCUGCUCAUGUCGCUUUAUUUUGGAAUAAUGGCUGUUCAUUUUAGGCUUUGUUUAUUGGCUAAUAGGGCUGGGCGAUGUAUCAGUAUAUUGUCCAAAAUUGAUUUGAACUGAAAGAGGGACACGACAGGGAUGUCCCCUAUCACCACUUUUAUUUAUAACAGUAUUGGAAACAUUAAUAGCUUUAAGGAAAGAUGAAGAAAUAAAGGGCAUAAACCUUGAAACAUAGUGUUUUAAAGUAAAAGCAUUUGCGGAUGAUGUAUUUAUAACAACUGAAACACCAAUAGAAAAUAUUCAGUAAGCAUUAAUAAAAAUGAAAGAAUUUGGCGAUGUAUCAGGAUUUGAAUAAAGACAAGUCAAAAUUAUUAACAAAAAAUAUGGGGGAGAAAGAUAGAAAUGAGUUAAGAGAGAACAACAGGAUUAAAAAUAGAAAACAAGGUAAAUUAUUUAGGGGUAUGGAUUACAAAUAAAAACACGGAUUUAUUUAAUGACAAUUACGUUAAAAAUGGAAGGAAAUUAAAGGGAAUAUAGAAAAAUGGAACAAAUUAAAAUUAUUAGAGGGGAGAGUAUCAAUGAGUAAAAUGGUGAUAUUACAAAAAAUCCUAUUUUUAUUUCAAACUAUCCCAAUAAUAAUUGGGACAAAGUAUUUCAUAAGCUGGCAAAGAGACCUUGACAAUUUCAUAUGGCAGGGGAAGAAAGCCAGAAUAAAAUCAGAAAUAAUGAUGGGAUCAAAAGAAAGUUGGGGAUUUGCAGUCCCAGACUUAAGAAGAUAUUUCGAAGCAGUGUGCUGGAACUGGUUGAAAAAGUGGAUAUUAUUAAAAGAUACUGAAGUUUUAAAGUUAGAAGGUUGGGACAAAAUAUAUGGUUGGCACGGAUAUCUAUUUUAUGGGAAGGUACAACUACAUAAAGGAUUCAUUUAGUAAGAAAGGCCCCAUUUGAGGUAUGGGAGAGAACGAAAGAGAGAAUUACAGAAAAAAGCCCAUGGUGGAUCUCUCCACUAGAGGCAACCUCGACACUAAAAAAUAAUAUAAAAACUAUCUGGCCAACAUAUAGAUAAUUAGCAGAAGAAACAAAUGGAAACACUAAAUAAAAAAAUUAUGAAGAACUCAAAACAAUGGGAAUAAAUUGGCUAGAAUAUUUCCAAUUAAAGGCAACGUAUGAGAAAGAUAUAAAAACUAGGGGAUUUGAAAACAAAAUUUCAAAAUUUGAAAGAGAGGUACUACAAAGUAAUCAAAAAACACUUUAAAAAAUGUACAGAUUGUUAGAAAAAGUACCUUCAGAUCAAGAGGUACAAGGAGAGAACAUGCUAAAGUGGGAACGGGACCUAGGCUAUACAAUCGAUUUGGAAGACUGGAAAAAAAUUAUUGGGGGAAAUAUAAACUUUACAGUCUGCAAUUCAUUGAGGGAGAACUACAUGAAGAUCCACAACAGAUGGUAUUUGGCUCCAGAUAGAUUAUGAAUAGAGCGAACAGUAACAACUCAAUGGAUGAUUACUUUACAUAGAUCAGACACAAAAAUGCUAGUUUUGUUCUAACCAUAAUGAAAAUUACAACAUUCUGCACACAUAUAAUGCAAACAUGUUCCACUCAAUAUACUUAAUUCUGAGUAAACAUUCGUAGGGUUGUAUUGUAAUUGUCAUUUUGCUAGUUUACUUUUAUUCCGGAUUUGAUCUUUAUUCUACAGUGGAGUUGAUGCAUCUCUCCUGUGGCCAAAUUAAAAUUGUAUUCCAGGUUUUCACUUUGUUUCUCUUCCCUAAGGAUUUUGGAGUCUACUUGUUCUAUCCUUGAUGAGUGGACUUUCAUGUUGCAGUUUUUCUUGGACAGUGACCUAUUUUGAUUCCUUUGAACCGGGAAUGUUUCCUCCUACUCCACUCUCACCUGCACGAUUCAAGUGAGUUCCUUCUUCGUAAGACUGAAAUACGACCAGAUACGGGGCUUAGUAAACCACUAUAAUAGAUAUGUAAGGAACAGCUUGUUACUAAAUAUGCUGGUGCUGUUACAACUUCAUAUUCGAGGAAACAAAUUUAUGCCAACUAGUGUUGGACUAGUCACCGGGACAGAGUCCAUGGUGACUAGCUAGAGUACAAUACUUCUAUGUUUUUAGUUGAGAAAUGCAAUAUUACCAUAAACUGUUAUACGUGAUAGGAUGUAAAAUAGGUUUAAUUUGUUAUGUUGUAUGUUAAGGACAGUUUUGUUGCCUUGUAUUCACAAAAUACAAAGAAUGUGUUCUUUCUUAGACUUCAUAUUAAGCAAUUUUACAAGUUAGCCAGCAGGGUGUGUCCUAUCAUAAGUUUUCAUAUCUUAUAUAAAGUCCUUUUACCUUUACUUUAGUAUUCCUGAAACAAUUUCAAGUCAAGGUAAAAAAUAAUUAAAUCCAUGAUCUACAAUAUAUACAGUGAACUACCCCCCCCCCCAAAUUACCAAUAUUUAUUGCUUUCUGUAUGUAGAAUAUUUUGAAUAUACUCCCAUUUCUCUGUGUUUUUGCUGUUUGUGAGAGUUUUAUUGAAGGGAAUUGGUAAUAAUCUGCUAUACUUUGGCUUCUUCAGGCUUUCUAUUGUGGUAAUGAAAUAAUUUUUCAUUUUUGGAAUAGGACAAUGACUAGGAUUAAAAAGUUUUAAUUUUAGCUUCUGUAAUGUUCUUGUUACCUACAUACUGGUUUUCUGCUUUUUUUCAGGCGAAUGACUGGGCACUCCUUUCACAUGGGCUAUAGUAUGGCCAUACUGAAUGGAAUAGUGGCAGCUCUUGCCCUAGUAUGGUGUCUCCUUUAGUCUGUACUGAGAACUUUCUCAUAGACAGACAGCUUUCUAGACGACGCUUGAAGCUGCCUUCACACAAACAAACCAUCCAUGUGUUCAGUAUACUUGCCUCAAUCUCUGUUUUAAUAUGCUUUCUCCAAAAUGAUGCCAAAUGUUUUAGGAAGCAGCUGGAGGCAUUUCUAAAACAAAUCAACGGGUGGGGUGGAGACAGAUUAAUAAGGAAAGGAGGUGUACACAAAAUGUCCGGCUGCAUGAAAUGAUUGCAGCAUUUUCAAAAGACUUCAUGAGGCAACCACUUCAUGAGAAUUAGCUCAGGAUUGUUGCUGAUAAAAUGCUCAAAAUAGCCACUGGAUUAAUAAUAAUUGCCAUUAUUCUAUUAUACCAUUCAGUGAACUUUCAGGUUUGGUUUUGACAUGCUGCAUACUUAGCAACAAAAUUGGGGGGGGGGGGGGUUUGAAUCACAUCAGUUGUGCUCAUUCGAUUUCAGAGGAUUUACACUAACUUAAUUUCAUUUGGGAGAAGGUACAGCAGCGAAAGGAGAGACCCUGCAAUUUCACUCAAUUUCCACUAUGGGACUUACUUUGUUCCUAGACUUAAAAGGACAGGGUUUGUAGAUUGGAAAAAAAAAGGUUUACAUACAGAACAUAAAUUCAGUGCAAAUAAACUUGCUAACCACCUUAAUUCUUAUCUCUUGGGCAGAGCCCUACCGGGGGGGGGGGGGGUGUUAGCAAGUUUUUUUGCCCUGGGUGAAACCUCUAGCGGGGCAUAGUUGAGUCCCCCAGCCUUUGUGUAUGCAUAUGCAAGUGCACGUGUGAGUGCCAAACUCUACCCUUUUACCCAGGUGAAAUAAAGCCUAGUUUUGCCCUGCUGUGGGGUCACUGAAGGGCUAGGACAGCUAUAUGUGUGUCAAAGACCUAGAAGACAAAAUCACAUAGCUUCUUUCUUGCAGGCUGAUCCCUAAUUUACAAGUCUCAACUCUCAGCUUCGCUCGCUCCCUCAUGCCGCUAAGAAAGAGGGGCUUCCCAUUUGACAGGCAUCAGUUCAGGACCAGCUGUCAAGCUGUAACAAUGUUACAUAAUACUUUUAUUAGGAGUGCUGGGGGGGGGUUUCAAUUAGAAGUAUGUGUAGAUUGUGCCACUUGAUAGCUAAGAAAGCACUGCUUUAAUUUUCACUACCUCCAAGUGUUGGGUCAAAAUUCUGACUACACCAAUAUUGUAUUAAUGCGGCUGUAAUGUGUUUUGUCCCUGUUCUCAGUUUAGUUUCUUUCUGUUCUCAGUGAGACUGGCUGCAAAAGUGUGUAGUGCUAAAAUAAACUAUGGCUUAGUGUUAUGUGUAUUAACCUUGGAUUCAUGGGCUCCUUUCUGUUGUCCACCUGUUGUAGCCACAAGGAGAAGAUCAGAAACUUCUGCUUCUGUUUCAACUAACAAUUAUUUAUUGGCCUGGUUCUGAUAAUCUUAGAUAGAUACAGUGGUGCCCCGCAAGACGAAUGCCUCGCAAGACGAAAAACUCGCUAGACGAAAGGGUUUAGCGAUUUUUGAGUCGUUCCGCAAGACGAAUUUCCCUAUGGGCUUGCUUCACAAGAUGAAGCGUCUUGCGAGUUCUUGCGAGUUUGUUUCCUUUUUCUUAAAGCCGCUAAGCCGUUAAUAGCCGCUAAUAGCCAUGCUUCGCAAGACGAAAAAACCGCAAGACGAAGAGACUCGCGGAACGGAUUAAUUUCGUCUUGCGAGGCACCACUGUAAAACUUUAUUCGCAUCAGCUGAUGGCCAUAGCAAAGGUUCUGAUAAUCGUAUAUUGACUUAAAUAAGUUCAGUAUGAAUAAGGCUUGUGAGCAUGCACAUAACCCCUUCGUAACAGGUGUGAAAACCCCAGGAACUCCUCAGUUUACUUUUAUUUCUCAUUUCAUCCAAAUUGGGAAACAGCUUAGGAACAAGACAGAAUAUGAAACCGACAUCAAACUGGAUUCCUGCCUUGUUCCAUUAACCAUAGUUUUCUGAUUAGGUUGAAAUUCACUGGCUCAAAGGGAAGAUUUAUUGUCCCUAUACAUCUACUGUGUUUGAACUUAGAGAAACUUUUGUUGGACUUCAAACCCUGGUUUACAGUUCUUACUUGUUUCCAGAAAUCAUAGUUAAGAUUAACCACAGUUUGAAGGGUCAGAUGUGACAAACCAUAGUUAAUGGAAAGCAGAAGUGAAAGUUUCACAUCUUCUCACAGCGACAGCAGGGGAAGUACUGAGGCCAGAGGCUCUUGCAUGUAAAACUGAACCAUAUUUUAACACUGUCCAAACAGAACUGUAUAUUUUGCUUGUUACACUUUUAAAACAGCAGGGCUGUUCUCUUAUAGCUUACUAUCAGUGCUUUUUCUGGGGGUACUCAGGGGACGCAGUACCGGCACCUUUCUUUUUCUCCAAGUGUUAAAAGUGUGGCACUUCCUGUAACAACCUCAUGGUGAGUACCGGCACCUUUUUUUCCUUAAAAAAAGAAGAAGCACUGAUUACAAUAUGUAUAGUAUUAAAAUGAGUACUAGGGUAACAAAUUAAAAUAUUCUAAUUAUAAUGAAAACCUGAUAAAGUAUGCAAAUAGGCAAAUAAUUAAUUGACUAGAUUUUUUAAUGUAUGGCUUUGAACCAAAGAAUACACAUCCUGCUAUUUUCCCUCUGUAGAACUUUGUUGUCUUUUCCAUGCAUUUCUGAGAUUGGGGGUCCUUUUGAAUGGAGUGUGCUGCACCAUCAGAAGGCUGCAUUUGGGAAGGGAGAGUGGGCAGGCAACAUACGCAUUCAUUCAGAUCAUUUGGGGUGGGAUUGUAGCUGAUGCUGUGCCUGCAGGGUUGCAUGGGUGCAACGGGACUUGCCUAUCCUAGCCUGCUGUGCAUCCCCCAAAUCUUCUCUGGAGAGCUUCCCAUCCUUCUAGAUGUGGUUUUGAGGGUUAUGGGGAGGGGGCUGAAGCUCCUUGUGCCAAAGGACCUGCAGUGUCGGAUACAGCCCUUUGGGUCCAAGGCAAAGUAUAAUAUAAACACAUGUUCCUUUUAAAUAUAGAAUAUAAUAAUUGACUUUUUUAACUGGAAAUGGAUAUUUGUACCGAACUCAUUUUGUCCAUGCAGUAUUUUUUUGCGUCACAAAACCCCCCAUUGUUUUUGUAAAUUGUUUACUGCAAAUAAACUAAUCUUGUUUACUAUU